CAAUAGAUAGAUAGAUAGAUAGGCUAAGCUAUUAUAUCAGGAGCAAUGGACUAUUUGAGAGAUCUAUGAAAACCACCAGCCAUCCUGUGGAGGGCGACAGUGCGCCUUGAAGCGUUUAAAUUGACAAUCUCAGAGGAAGAAAAAGCAAAAGCUGAAGCAACAACUUGAAACUGCAGCAACGUUACUAGCUUCAUGCAAAACAGAUUUAAAACCAGUUCUUGAUUUAAUCAAGGAUGCUGCUGCGGCUACUCGCCCCGACGUGGUGAUCUGACUCUAAAAUCUGUCAUUUCUGGAAAGAAAAAUGCCUCGAGACUCAAGUCUGGAGCCUGGAGUUUAGAGAAAGGUGGACUUCUCAUUGUGUUGAAGGCUAUGAGUGUCAGUGAUGGAGGACAGUCAAUGUGGGGACUUGGACUACAUGAUCCAAGAUGAGGACACUUUGAUUGAGGGUGUCAGCAACCAGGUCUUAUUUGUUGUGGUGCUCAGUGUCACCUUCCUUGCAGGCCUUCUCACUCUGCUCUGCAGACAAGAGGAGCAGAACAUUCAUCCUGAGAAUCAGGAGCACGUUCGAGCUGUCCGACAACAGCUCCAAACAGAGCAGGAUGAAAAUUCUCAGGCAGAGGCCAGGCAGCAGUAUUACACAGACAUGUCUUGUCCUGUAUGUUUACAGCAGGCUGUUCUGCCUGUGGAAACCAAUUGUGGACACCUUUUCUGUGGCUCCUGCAUUAUAGCCUACUGGAGGUAUGGCACGUGGCUGGGUGCUAUUAACUGCCCCAUCUGCAGACAAAUGGUAACAUUGCUCUUCCCACUAUUUCAUGAGCAUGCCACACCUCAGAGGGUCCAGGAUGGCGAGGCUGAACCUCAGCUGAUAUUAAGAGACAUUAACGAUUACAACCGCAGGUUCUCAGGCCAACCAAGAUCUUAUAUGGACAGGCUGCGAGACGUGCCCACCCUGCUUCGUCAUGCCUUCAGAGAAAUGUUUUCCGUGGGUGGCCUCUUCUGGAUGUUCAGAAUUCGGAUUCUUCUCUGCCUGAUCGGCGCUCUCACGUACCUGGCCUCGCCGCUCGAUAUCCUCCCCGAGGCCCUCUUCGGUCUCCUGGGAUUCAUGGACGAUUUCUUUGUAAUCUUGCUUCUCUUUGUGUACAUCUCUAUCAUGUACAGAGAGGUGGUUACACAGAGACUGAACGGCUAGGUGCUCGCUCACCAAAAGUGGCCUCAAGCUCGCACGUGUCAGGCUCAGGGGGAAGAGGGGAACGCAGCAUCUGAUGUGGACAUGUGAAGACUGAACAAACGCUUAAAGGACAGUUGAUCAAUAAUGCUGGAGAAGUGUUAGUAACAGAUUGAGCUAUGAAUCUUUUUUGUCUAUUCAGCUACUUGAGGGACAUCCCUAACUGACUGACUAGCAUUACUGCCAAUUAUAUGACAGCAUUGCCAAAAGCAGCAGUCAUUUAUAUAAUGUGCAUAUCAUCAUAAUGAGACAACUGUAUGUAAAUGUAUUGAUAGCAGUGUCUUGAUAACAUGCAUUUAAAGUUGACUGUCUGCAUCCUGAUUGUCAACUGUUUGUUAAAAUGUGUGUUAUUGGAACCAUAUUAAACUGAUGAGGCACUAUGUAAGUAA